AUGUUUUCUUCAACCAAGUGUAUUACCUUGCUUGCUGUAUUCGUGACGGAGUCAUUAAUUAUCGUAUCAGUCAACCUCCUUACAAUUAUUGUUUUUAUAAAGAACAGGAAUCUUCGCACUCGAGCCAUGUACUUGGUUAUAAGCUUGACAGUGGCUGAUAUGUUGGUUGGUCUGCUUUCCCAAAGUCCUUCUCCAUUAGUUUUUAUGCAAGAUACAUGUGACCUCUUAAGGAGAGUACCCCUUGAUGGGAAAAUAGAAACUUUGUUCAGUAUUACCAUGCCUUUUCUUCCUCUCGUCUCCCUUACAAACAUUGCUGUGAUCUCUUUAGAGCGCACGCACGCAGCAUUUCGCCCAUUCAAGCAUCGCGUCAUCAAAAAAUGGGUUUAUGGGGUAAUAAUUGCUACUGUAUGGGUUUUACCUGUGAUGAUAUUGAGUGCCGCGAUGUUUAUCAGUUUUUAUGAUUUAACAGACAACUUAUUCAUCCUCUGGCCAAUAUACUACUGUUUUUGUCUGUUUGUUAUCUGUGUUUCGUACGCUUGUAUUUCAAUUAAAUUUGUGUGUGGAGCAUAUCCCCAGCACCAUGGAGCAGUGAAUAGACAAAGAAAACUGACAGUGACAUUGUUAAUAAUGACUAUUGUAUCUUUAAUAUUGUUGAUACCAUUUCUUCUAUAUAUUUUUGUUGUCGCCAUUGGUUCCAAGAAUAUCCUUUCCUCAUUAUCUUAUUUAUGUUUCUCGUUUAUUUUGGCUGGUGUAAACUCUUUCGUAAAUCCCAUUCUAUACUCUGUAAGAAUUCCGGAGAUCAAACAGGCUUUUAUUUCAUUAUUUUCACGUCAACGAAAUGAAAACGUUGUUAUUCUUGUUUAA